AUGGAGGACUGGACCGUCAAACCGGAGAAAUGGGAAUCGUUCGUGACACGAUAUGCGGAUGGGUUGGAAGAUGCAGCGGACCGGCGACGCGUGCUCCUGUGGUUAGAUGCCGAAUCGGGCAAGAAGGCCGGCGUCAACAUCAACCCCGACUACAAUGAAAAAACGAACACCUUCGACUUCACGGUUCGUGCGUUCAAGGAAAUGGAAGAUGGCAAGUUCCGAGUUAUGGAAGGCAAAGUGAAAUCGAUUUACAAGGUCAGGCACAAGGACAUCAAGCGGGGACUCUUUGGAGCUGUCAAAGACUUCUUUACGGGCACGGUGGCGGGUCACGAGACUGAGCAGGACAAGCGGGAUGAGCUAGAGACAAACCUUCAUGCUGCAUUGGCAGAUAGCACUGUCUUGAACGCGUACAUCGGUGCUAACUUUCAGCACUUCCUCAAGGGAGUCGGCAUCGAGUGCGAGGCGGUUGAUUCGGUGAGGCAGCUGGACCCGCCGGCUGAGGCCUAA